CGGGGUGGGAGUGCGCGGCUGGCGAGCUAAGGGGCGUCUAAAUUUGCGGUCAUCCUCUGCGGGCAGUUUUUCCACCCCUGGCCAUUCAUACCGACUCUUAUUACGCACCGCGGCAGAGAGCGAUAAGGAUCUCUCACAGUGUGUGAGCGAGACAGACUCAGAGGAACAGGUUGAUAGAGAAGAAAAGAGUCGUCGAAAAGUAGAAAGCAGGUUAAACGAUAUUUUACACUGACAGUUAAGAUAGAUAGACUGGAGAUAGAAGUAACGGGACAAAUUGUUUACAAUUAAAUCGCGAUUUGUAGACGUUAUCUCUGUAAAUAUCAACCCCACAGCACUUGCUGCUGCGUGACAAUAGAGAGGAGACCGGCAUCCAGUACGUAUUAUCUCUACUUCUCAAGCCAACCAUGGGAAGCAAAAUUCCAGACUUCGCAGGCAACUGGAAGAUGAAAAGCUCGGAAAACUUCGAAGAGCUUCUGAAAGCACUUGGAGUGAACGUGAUGCUGCGUAAGAUUGCGGUGGCGGCGGCCUCCAAGCCCCAGGUGGAGAUCUCUCAGGAGGGGGAGCAGCUGUCAAUCAAGACCUCCACCUCCGUCAGGACCACACACAUCACCUUCAAAGUGGGGGAGAGCUUCACCGAGGCCACGGUGGACGGACGACCCUGCACGAGUUUUCCUCGCUGGGAGACGGAGAGCAAAAUCAGCUGUGAGCAGACGCUGGUCAAAGGGGAGGGGCCAAAGACCGGCUGGACCCGCGAGAUCACCAAUGACGGAGAGCUCAUCCUGACCAUGAGUGCCGAUGACGUGGUGUGCACCCGCGUUUACGUCAGAGAGUGACAGACCACGCAAAGACCACGUCAAUAAAGGAAAGGAAAAAAGGAAACGCAAAAAAAGGAAAAAAGAAAAUAAGAAUGAUCCAGCCACUCCACUCCACUUCACUCGUCCACUCGUGCCUCUGUCCUCUCUUCCUCUCCUCUCCUCUCCUCUCCUCUCCUCUUCUUCUUCACACUAACCCACUCAAGACCCUCUCCAGCUAAGCCCUGGAGUACGCUAGCCGUCUCUAGCACCAUGUAUUUAAUCUCCAAACACUCAGUGUGUGUGUGUGUGUGUGUGUGUGUGUGUGUGUGUGCGUGUGUGUGUGUGUGUGUGUGUGUGUGCGUGUGUGUGUGUGUGUGUGUGUGUUUGUGUGUGCACAUGAAAGUGUGAAAAUGUAUAGCCAGUAUGUGUGUGUGUGUGUGUGUGCAUGUAUGCAUGUGCGUGUGUAUGUUUAUUCUUAUUGCCUUGGAAUUCUUUUGUUAAAUAGUUAAAUUUGUCUGUCUCUUCUUGUCUCGAGUCUGCUCUUUCCACCUUACCUUUGGACUUUUAUAUUUAUUUACCUAGCCCAUGCUCUUCUGGUA